CUUCCUCCCCUGAGGCUGCAGCCGCUCGCCGGCCACUCACUCCCGGCUCCUCCACCGGGCUCCGCUCCCCUACCCUUCCUGCGCGCCUUGCUCCGCUCGGCUCUGUCCUCUCCGCUGCACGCCUGCGAGGACAUGGCACACGCGCUUGGAGGCUGUCCUAGCGUCCGGGGCUCCGGGGAUGGCGAGACGGUCAGGUCCAGGAAGGUGGCGCUCAUCACUGGCAUCACGGGCCAGGAUGGUUCCUACUUGGCUGAGUUCCUGCUGGAUAAAGGCUAUGAGGUCCACGGAAUUGUCCGGCGAUCCAGUUCAUUCAAUACAGGUCGAAUUGAACACCUGUACAAGAAUCCCCAGACUCAUAGUGAAGGAAACAUGAAGCUGCACUAUGGUGACCUCACAGACAGUACCUGCCUAGUGAAGAUCAUCAAUGAAGUGAAGCCCACCGAGAUCUACAACCUGGGUGCCCAGAGCCACGUCAAAAUUUCUUUUGACCUCGCUGAAUACACCGCGGAUGUUGAUGGCGUUGGCACUUUGCGGCUUCUAGAUGCAGUGAAGACCUGCGGCCUUAUCAAUUCUGUGAAGUUCUAUCAAGCCUCAACUAGUGAACUUUAUGGGAAAGUGCAAGAAAUUCCACAGAAGGAGACCACCCCCUUCUAUCCUCGGUCACCCUAUGGGGCAGCAAAACUCUAUGCCUAUUGGAUCGUGGUGAACUUCCGUGAGGCAUAUAAUCUCUUUGCCGUGAAUGGUAUUCUCUUCAAUCAUGAGAGUCCCCGAAGAGGAGCUAAUUUUGUUACACGAAAAAUCAGCCGGUCGGUAGCUAAGAUUUACCUCGGACAACUGGAAUGCUUCAGUUUGGGAAAUCUGGAUGCCAAGAGGGAUUGGGGCCAUGCCAAGGACUAUGUCAAGGCUAUGUGGCUGAUGUUGCAGAACAAGGAGCCAGAGGACUUUGUCAUAGCCACUGGGGAAGUCCAUAGUGUCCGGGAAUUUGUGGAGAAAUCAUUUCUGCACAUUGGAAAAACCAUUGUGUGGGAAGGAAAGAAUGAAAAUGAAGUGGGCAGAUGUAAAGAGACCGGCAAGAUCCACGUCACCGUAGAUCUCAAGUACUACAGACCCACCGAAGUGGUUCAUCCGACAGCAGGCGCCUCCGCCAUGCCACCGAAGUUCGACCCCAACGAGAUCAAAGUCAUGUACCUGAGGUGCACAGGUGGGGAAGUCGGUGCCACGUCUGCUCUAGUCCCCAAGAUCAGCCCCCUGGGUCUGUCUCCAAAAAAGGUUGGUGAUGACAUUGCCAAGGCAACUGGUGACUGGAAGGGACUGAGGAUUACAAUGAAACUGACCAUUCAAAACAGACAGGCUCAGAUUGAAGUGGUGCCCUCUGCCCUGAUCAUCAAAGCCCUCAAGGAACCACCCAGAGACAGAAAGAAGCAGAAAAACAUUAAGCACAGUGGAAAUAUCACUUGCGAUGAGAUUGUCGGCAUUGCCCGUCAGAUGCAACACAGAUCUUUAGCCAGAGAGCUCUCUGGAACUAUCAAAGAGAUCCUGGGGACUGCUCAGUCAGUGGGCUGCAAUGUUGAUGGCCGCCACCCUCAUGACAUCAUAGAUGACAUCAACAGUGGUGCUGUGGAAUGCCCGGCUAGCUAACAACUACAAAAGGAGAUAUUUCAAUAAAGGAUCAUUUGAUAGCCA